AGCAGCUCUUCUAGUCUGCCUGCCUGUCCAAAGCUUCUCCACACAUUUGCCUCAGUAACCAGGAGAGGGGAACACGCAGUUGAAUGGUGGAGCAGCAGCUGUAGCGCAGUGACAAAAGCGAACAGGUUGGCAGCAGAAAGCCGCGGCUCAGGGGGAGUUAGUGCUCUGCGCCGAGAUGUGGGGACUCGGGAGGUCGCAGCAGCUUGUGGAAUAUUAAGACACACGCAAGAAGUUAUGCCCACGCUCCUAUCGACGUGACCCUGCAGUUAUUAUUACUGUAUUGCCUGUUGACUUGUUUCUCACGGCUGUUAAAAAAGAACCACCUGGACUCCAUGUGAGGUCUCCGUGGCUAAGCGCAAUCCUAGCAUACCCAUGAAAGUUUCCUUGCGCUCUGGCACCAUGGAAUGCCCAGGCUGGCUGCUGGUGCUGCUGGGAUCCUUCUCUCUCACCGCAGGGCUCAACAGCAUGGUCAAAAUUGGGUCCCAUUGUGAAAAGGCAUGUAAUCCUCGAAUGGGAAAUCUAGCCAUUGGUCGGAGUUUAUGGACAGAGACAACCUGUGGUCACAAUAACACUGAACUCUCCUGCACAUACCAAGGGUAUAUUGAGCAGACCUGUACCGAGCCAAAAUGUGACAAAUGUAAUGCCGCACUGCCACGGCUCUCUCAUCCUCCUUCAGCAAUGGCAGACUCUUCCUUCAAAAUUCCACGAACUUGGUGGCAAUCAGCAAAGGAUAUUCAUCGAGAGGUGAUACGGUUGGAUUUGGAAACAGAGUUUUACUUUACUCAUCUAAUUAUGGUGUUCAAGUCUCCCAGACCAGCGGCUAUGAUUUUGGAGAGGUCACAAGAUUUUGGUGUAACUUGGAUGCCAUACAAAUAUUUCUCCAUAAACUGUUCUGCAACAUUUGCUAUGGAGGAUGAUAUCCAGGAAAAAGGGGCACUUUGUACUUCACGUUAUUCCCAUGCAUUUCCUUGUACUGGAGGAGAGGUUAUAUAUCGUACUAUGUCACCACCAUAUUCAGCUCAAGACCCUUACAGCAAAGAGGCACAAGAUCAGCUAAAGAUCACCAACCUCCGAGUGCAACUGCUGAAGCAACAAGCAUGUCCAUGCCAGGAGAAGAACUCUGACAUUAAACCUCAGUAUUUUACACACUACGCUGUCUACGAUUUUAUUGUAAAGGGCAGCUGCUUUUGCAAUGGACAUGCAGACCACUGUGUUGCUGCAGAUGGUUUUCGGCAAGUCAGAACAACAAGCAAAAUACAGGUGGUCCAUGGAAGGUGCAUUUGCAAGCACAACACUGCCGGUCCACACUGUGAACACUGUGCACCGCUUUACAAUGAUCAGCUGUGGGAAGCUGCAAAUGGUAAAACUGGGGAAGCUAACACCUGCAAAAAAUGUAAAUGCAAUGGGCAUGCCGACAGUUGUCAUUUUGAUAUGGAUGUAUGGCUGGGUUCAGGAAAUCGCACAGGGGGUGUGUGUGAUAACUGUCAGCACAAUACUGAAGGAUCACAAUGCCAGAGAUGUAAACCUGGAUUCUUCCGGGACCUUAAGAUGCCAUUUUCAGCACCAGAUGCCUGCAAAGCAUGUUCCUGCCAUCCCAUUGGAUCAGCUGUACUUCCCUUUGGUAACAUCACAUUAUGUGAUCCCACAAAUGGAGACUGCCCAUGCAAGCCAGGCGUGGCUGGUCCUCAUUGUGAUCAGUGCAUGGUUGGCUACUGGGGGUUUGGAGAGUAUGGUUGCAGGCCAUGUGACUGUGCAGGCAGUUGUGAUCCAUUUACUGGAGACUGUAUCACCAAUCUGGACAUUGACUGGUACCGUGAAUUUCCUGAACUGCUGUCUGUGUAUAAUGAGAGUCAGCUAUCCCGGACCUGGGAAGAUGAACAAGGAUUUUCUGCUCUUCGCCAUUCAGGGAAAUGUGAGUGCAAGGAGCAAGUACUGGGAAAGCCUGAAGUGUUUUGUGGCAUGAAAUACUCAUAUGUGCUAAAAGUGAAGAUUCUGUCAGCCCAUGAUAAAGGCUCGCAUGCAGAGGUCAACGUUAAAAUUAAAAAGGUGUUAAAAAUGUCAAAGCUAAAGAUUCUUCGUGGAAAGAGAACGCUUUAUCCAGAAUCUUGGACUAACAGAGGGUGUACAUGUCCCAUCUUAAAUCCUGGCCUGGAAUACCUUGUGGCUGGAUAUGAAGACAUACGGACAGGCCGUCUUAUCGUCAAUAUGAAAAGUUUUGUCCAGCUUUGGAAACCAGCUCUCGGAAAGAAGGUAAUGGAGAUGCUGAAGCAGGACUGCAAAUGAGAAGAAAGGAGACACCCUGUGAAUCUUCACAUGCACAAAAAUGUACUUUAUUGGGCACAGUGGGUAAAGGACAGACAGGGAAAGCCUGAUGAUUCCUCGUUGAUUCCAUGUGUACAGUACUUGGUGGAGAAUAUUAUUCAGCCGGACAGUUCACAUUUUCUUAGCAUCCUAUUCUGCUUCCUUCAUUUUUGAAAACAUCUGGAAAUAUAAAAUUCAAUGAAUGUUUUAUGGUGACAAUGUGAAGAUAUAGGCUGCCUUAAGGUCUAGCGAUAGCUGGAUUGGUUCACACUCCCCGGGCAAUGCUAUAAAUAAAUUAUUUGUUAUGCAUUGAAGGUACAGUCCAAAACUACAAUACCUUAUAACCUUGAAGUGUUUUAAGUGUCGUCCUUUAAAUAUAAAUAUUACAUUGUAAAAUGCACUUUACAGUCUGCUAAAUGAAAUUGUGAAACUUUUUUGCCUUUACGUGCUGCAAGCAUGGCAUUAAAGUUUUCCAACCAUGAGCAUAUGCCACAUAUACACUCUGCAAAAUGGUCUUAUUUGUUUUGUAUUCUGUAUUGUUUUGAAAGCUUAAUUUAUAUUGAAAUAUAUUUCCAUGAAAAAAUAAAAUGCUAUUGUUUCUGUUUUGCACAA